GAAGAAGUCGUCUUUGCUGGAAAGAAAUUAAAAAAUGACAAAUCCAAUUUAUACGUCUAUAUAUGCAAACUGAGUAGUGAGAAGUAGUAAUCAAAAAAGUUGAAUUCAAAAAUAAAUUCUGCAAAGAUGAGAGCUUCCUCCAUUAAUAAUAUAUCAUCCCUGAUACUGAUACUGAUACUAAUCCUAGUUAAUUGGAAUGCUUCCGUGUCAAAGGGUCAGAAUACACCGCCACCGGCAAAUCAAACGACUACAACUGAGUCUGAGGCACCGCCACCAGCAAACCAAACAGCAACAACAACAACAACAACAACAACAACAACCACCACCCGAGGCAGGACACUAAGGAUUGCAGUUCCAGUGAGUACCUAUACAGAGUUAGUGAGCAUCACCAAUGAUCCUAUCACUCAGGAACAGCGCAUUGGUGGUUUUUCAGUUGAAGUCUUUCAGGCUGUCGUGAAUACAGCUUUAAGCGACCGCUUUGAAUAUAAACUUUAUCCUUUUGCUAAGGCCGAUGGAACCUUUAACGGAAGCUUUGAUGACAUGCUUAAAGCAGUCUCUAAUCAGGAAUAUGAUGGGGCAGUGGGAGAUACGACAAUCAGAUAUGAUAGGUCACAGUGGGUUGAUUUUACACUUCCUUAUUCAGACACUGGAAUAACAAUGAUGGUUUCUACAAACCCCAAGUCCAACAAAAACACCGGGAUCAAAUUGAUGCCUCUGAUCAAGGGUUUGGUUUCUGCUGCUCUUGCCUUUUGUUUUAUUAGUGCCCUCAUCUUUUGGUUUGUGGAAUUUAGAAAUGAUAAAACUAGACAAUCACAGACACCAUUAGGUAACCUACCAGGACAACGUGCAAAUAACGAUGAUUUCUGGCGGAGGGAAACACUGAGAGCAAUAACACAUACAAGGCUUGUGAUUGUAAUGUGCUUUCUAGUAUUGUUGUUCUUGACAUCCUGUUAUGCUGCAAGCUUGACUUCAUUACUGACAGCGCAACGGAAAAGAGGCCCAAUCAGAACAAUAGAUGAACUCAUUAGAAGAAAAGAAAAUGUGGGGAAUCAAAAAGGAUCCUUUGUCCCUCGUUUGCUCAUUCAAAGAGGGUUUUCAGAAAGUCAAAUACAUACUUAUGAUACAGAACAGGAUAUGGUUGACAUGUUGUCUAAGGGAACCGUUGCUGCUGUUAUUGAUGAAACCCCAUAUCUCAAAGUUUUCCUCUCUAAGAACUGCAAUAAGGGCUAUAAUCUUGUCCCUUCCUUCGAUCUCCAUGCAGAGGGAUUUGGCUUUGCUUUCCAGAAAGGAUCUAGCUUGGUACAGGAAAUUUCAAGUGGGAUAUUGAAAUUGUUGGACAACGGUCAAUUGUCAACAAUUCAACAGAGAACAAUCGGUGGUCUAGACGCAUGUGAAAAUGAACCAGAUAAUAGUAACCUUGAUACAAAUCUAUUGGACUUCGAUACUCUGUGGAUUUUGUUUGCUGGGGCAAUAGGUGUUGUAAUUUUGGUGAUCAUAUUGUAUAUGGUCUACUUAGGAACCACAUGUGACACUACUAGAAGGAGAGUUGCCUUUCCAUGUUACCUACUGCCAAAUUACCAAGAAAGGAAGAACUAGAUCUGAAUAUGAGCACAUCGAUUGUGUUGGAAUCCUUACUAAAAAGAUUUCUAUAUAUAUAGACUAUAUGUAGAGUGUCCUUAGAUUUGUGUUUUGUGUUCAUGCAUAAGUGUGUGCAUUUUGUGUGAUGGGAGAGUGAUUCUAUUGUGAUAGCCUAAAGAGGUACGGUUGUAUGUUACAAUAAUACUAUGAUGUGUACGUAUGGUGUCCAGUACUCAUUUAACAAUUGUAUCAGUACUCAAAGGAAGUAUCAAUAUAUUACAACAAAUGUAAAACUGAAAACUGUUCGAGUUGUGCAACAA